CCUCUGUCCCGUUAAUAUCCCGCGCGCACAAAAUUCGCGGGAUCGUAGAGGUGCAUCUCGGGAUAUGUGUUGAAGAUGACGUAGCCAAGAUGGCGGAAGGUGGAGGAGUUAUUGAAGACGAUGCCUGGCACACAGACUUGAUACUAGCACUCUCGAAACACAACGAUACGGAACGACUACGGGAACUUUGUCGAAGUCGCACAAUACCGGCUGAAAAUAGAGCUGAUAUUUGGAAGGUUUGCCUUAAUGUUGUUGGAAAACCCGACGCUUUAGCAACAUGGGAUGGAAGAUUAGAUUUGAACGAGCAAGACCAAAUUCGAAACGACUGCCAAAGACAAGCCGGUAAAUUGCCCCUCCACGGCGACGAUGCUGAUGAGGUUGCGAAAGACAUGGAAGUCAUAAUAACAUUCUACUGCAAGUCGCGCAGUGAGAAGUACCGCACAUCAAGUGGGUUCACUGAGAUCCUUGCACCCCUGAUGAUGCUGGAUCUUCCUGUUAGUGAUGUCUACAACUGUUUCUACUCUUUACUUUACAAAUUUAUUCCAAGGGAUUGUGUCCGGGAUGGUAAACCAUUCCACCUGUUCCGGUUAUUACUGCAGUACCAUGACCCAGAGCUCUGUUCCUUCAUGGACUCUAGGAAACUCUCACCAGACUCCUACUGUCUAACGUGGGUAAGCUAUAUAUGGAAACUCUCACCAGACUCCUACUGUCUAACGUGGCUGAGAAGUCUGUUAGUUGGUGCUGUUGAGCCAGAUGUAGUCCGUACCUUAUGGGAUGUGUACCUCCUUGAGUCAGAUCCCUUCCUCAUCUUCUUCUUAGUUCUCGUCAUGAUCGUCAAUGCCAAGGAUCAGAUAUUUGAAUUAAAAACAGCUAGUAAGGCAGACAUUUUAGAUUUAAUAGCAUCUAUUCCAUCUCAACUGGAAGUUGAGGACAUUGAAGACUUCUGCUCUUUAGCUCAAUACUAUGCAUCAAGAACUCCACAGUCUUUUAGAAAGGAUUACUAUAGCCAGUUAUUUGGCAUCAAAACCAUCAGCACUAACAGUAUAUCCCAGGCCUUGUGUCUUCCUGUGUCUAUCUCAGAGCUGCUGGACUCGAACCAGUCAGAGGUGAAGGAUGGAGUACGGUUCUUCGUGGUGGAUUGUCGACCCGCUGAUCAGUACAAUAAUGGUCAUCUACCUACGGCAUUCCACUUGGAUGCAAACCUGAUGCUGCAGGCGCCGGCCGAAUUCGCCACGGCAGCCCAAGCCCUGUUUGCCACUCAGAAGCAGUCCAUAGCGGCGGGUUCAGUAGCGGGGGGCGAGCACUUGUGUUUCAUGGGCUCAGGCAGGGAAGAAGAGGAUCAGUAUGUACACAUGGUCAUCGCAAACUUCUUACAGAGGAAAGCCAAGUAUGUCAGCUUAGCAAGAGGCGGAUAUCAAGCGCUUCAUGAGCUACUGUCCGACGACCUGUCCGCCAGCCUGUCCGACCACUCGAUGCAGAAAUGUAUCGUGUGCGCGCCGGGUUCGUACUCUGAAGACGAGAGUUAUCACGAGCUCUCCAGAGGUGACCAGAGUCCAACGGAUGGAAAAAGCGGUCUAGUGGGCAUGCUGUCCUCCGCGCUGCUGUCAAGGGGUGCAAAUGUGAAGGAAAAGAUUGGCCACUUCAUCGCCGAGUCAAGUCAACCCGUUGAAAGGCACGUGAGCAGUACGGAUCGCCCUGGUCGGCGCUACAGGGAUGUACAGCCGGUCUUUAGUAUCGACGAUGACGACGAUGAGGCCGAUACCUACAGUGUGUCCAGCUCAGAAGAUGAAGCCCGCAAAGAGGCUGUGAAUUUGGACACGUGGCUCAACAGAAAGGAUGUUCUAGGCUCAUUCAAAUGCCAGGAAGUCUUAGCAAAUGGCUACCUGGCAAACAGCCAUAUCCUGCUAACAGAACUCCACAUGUUUGUACUGCGAGAAAUCCCGAAAAGACCAGGAUGGGCCCACAUACAGCACCGGCAUCACUUUAGCAAUGUUGUAAAGAUCACUUCCAAGCGGAAACACCCAGAACUGAUUACAUUCAAAUAUGGAAUUGCAUCUGAUGAUGAUGAUAUACAAGUCAAAUCUGUUGAACGAUACAUCAUACCAAAUGCGCAGAAAGCUACUAAGAAAAUUAGAGACAGAAUCAUGAAGGUUAUCGGGGAGUAAAACAGCCGUGUUACAAACAGCAAAUAAGAAAAAUUCAUAACCGAGAAGAGACAUCAUGCUAGUGCCUUGUGCUAGACAUAAACACCUAUUUCAAGUAUCAUUGAACCAGCAAACCAUGCACCAUGAGGUUCCAGGUAUUGCUUGAAAUGCAUUUGAACAAUUGUGAAAAUUAGAUUUUUUUUCAUCUUUUGUAUUCCCAAUUUUCAGUAAGCAUUUAUGCAUUGCUGGCUGUGGAACAAGUCAUGAUACAUGAUUGAAAGGUUUGAUUGUACUGAAAUAGGUGUAUAUUGAGAUUCCUGAAGUUAUUCCUGAGAUGAAAAGAACCCAUUCUCAAGACUUGCACUGCAGACAAUAUUCCACAUGAAGUCAUCCAUACAUUAAACAUUAAAAAUAAGGUAGUAGUCAUAGUUUUAUUAAAGUUUCUCUUCAGAAAGUGCAGUAAUUCAGAAUCUGAUUCCCUGAAUAUUAAACACUUCGGUUUUUAUGGCAAAAUAUCUUAGGCUUUAAAAGCCUUAUCUGAUGUUAUUACUUAAGUUUGCUAUAAAAAUUGUUUCAAGAAACACUAUAAAUAAUCAAAUCACAGAUUUAUAGUUGAAUCAUUUUUUUAUUCAACAAUAAGAUUCAUAGCCCAAUGAUUGCUCCUGAGAUUACAGCAUAAAUUCAAAGUGUUCAUAUUUAUUUUUCUGCAGUGUAAAGUUGUUAAGUAUAAACAAGUGGAGUAGUGGAGUAAAAUUACUUGAAAAUAAAA